UUUCUCAUACAAACAUUGUGCACUCUAUCAAUAAUAUUUCUUUGUUUGUGAUAUUGAUAAUUUCAAACCCCCACUCCCCAACGAAAUGGCAUACUUAGAGGGAAUAAGAGAGUCACAAAGAGCUCGUGGUCCAGCCACAAUACUAGCCAUUGGUACUGCAACUCCAGUCAAUUGCAUUUACCAAUCUGAUUUUACUGAUUAUUACUUUCGAGUUACCAAAAGCGAACACAUGACUCAACUCAAGGCCAAAUUGAAGCGUAUAUGUGAGAAGUCAAUGAUAAAGAAACGUUACAUACACCUAACUGAAGAAAUUCUAAAAGAACACCCCAACAUAUCCACUUACGAAGAACCAUCCCUCAACGUACGCCAAGACAUAUUAGUUGAAGAAGUACCAAAGCUAGGCGAAAAAGCAGCAUUAAAAGCCAUAAAAGAAUGGGGAAGACCAAAAUCAGAGAUAACCCAUCUCAUAUUUUGUUCAACUUCUGGUGUUGACAUGCCUGGUGCUGAUUAUCAACUCAUCAAACUCUUGAAUCUAAAUCCAUCCACUAAAAGGUUCAUGUUAUACCACCAAGGUUGUUAUGCUGGUGGAACCGUUCUUCGUCUUGCCAAAGAUCUAGCUGAGAAUAACAUUGGUGCACGUGUCCUCGUUGUGUGUUCUGAAAUAACUGUUGUUACUUUUCGUGGGCCCAAUGAAACACACUUGGAUUCUUUAGUUGGACAAGCACUUUUUGGUGAUGGUGCUUCGUCUGUGAUCGUUGGAUCAAAUCCCAACACAACACUUGAACGUCCAUUAUUUCAUCUUGUUUCUGCUUCUGAAACGAUUCUACCAAACUCUGAAGGUGCUAUUGAAGGACACUUGCGUGAAGUGGGACUCACUUUUCAUUUGAAAGAUAAUGUUCCAAGUUUGAUUGGUGAGAAUAUUGAGAAGAGUCUAGAAGAAACUUUUCAUCCAUUGGGAAUUACUGAUUGGAAUUCUUUGUUUUGGGUAACACACCCCGGCGGUCCUGCAAUAAUCAAGAGGAUUGAAGAAACGGUUGGGUUGAAUUCAGAUAAACUAAAUGCAACUAAACAUGUUUUGAGUGAGUAUGGAAACAUGUCAAGUGCUUGUGUGAUAUUUAUAUUGGAUGAGAUGAGAAGAAGGUCUAUGGAAGAGGGGAAAACAACAACUGGUGAAGGACUUAAAUGGGGUGUUUUGUUUGGAUUUGGUCCUGGCUUGACCAUGGAAACCAUUGCUUUGCAUAGCGCCAACAUAGACCAUGGUUACUAAAACUUUUACUAUGAUGAUGAUGCAUGGAGUGGAGUGGAGUGGAGUGGAGUACACACUCAUCAUAUAUAUAUAUAUUUAUACUAUUAAGUAAUUUAAAGAAUAAAACAAAAUCAUGUAUAACUGAUUGUUUGCCUAAGUUUUCAUUACUGUCUAAUCAUAUAGCUUAAUGUGGAUGCAUGUUUCUGUAGUACUUUUGUGUGUGAAUAAAGAAAGUUUUGGAUGAAGAUAGAGAA